AGCGCAGAAAGCAGUCAGAUGUCAGAAGUUCCCUUUCGUUGUAGAUAUUCCGUCCGGUAUUCUCUUCCCUUUGACAACAUACCAGUCUUCUUGGAUAUACAAGGAAAAGCCAGCUUUGCCGCCUCGAGCUACCUCCACUAUCACCCAUCACCUUGAGAAAGAGCUAUCAUUGAACCACCGUAACGAACCUCGAGAGAAAGGAGAGAAAAGGAAUAAAUAAAGUCAUGGCACACCACCCUUCGCCCCAGGAUUACAGGUUCGACUACUUCAACGUCACGUUUCCGGCCGAGUAUGUGGCGCAUGUGGAGAUUAAUCGGCCGGACAAGUUGAAUGCGUUUUUCGAGCAGAUGUGGCUCAACCUCUCCACCAUCUUCCGCAAACUCUCCUUCGACCCCCACGUCCGCGCCAUCCUCCUCACCGGCGCCGGCGACCGCGCCUUCACCGCAGGUCUAGACGUCAAGGCAGCAUCCCAAGGCACCCUCUCCCAACCCACCACCUCCUCCCCGGACCCCGCCCGCACCGCAACCACCCUCCGCCGGCACAUCCUCGACUUCCAAUCCUGCAUCACAUCCGUCGAAAAGUGCGAGAAACCCGUCAUCGCGAUCCUGCACGGCAUCUCGUACGGCCUGGCCAUCGACCUGUCCCUCGCGGCCGACAUCCGCCUCUCGACGACGACGACUCGCUUCUCGGUCAAGGAAGUCGACAUCGGCCUCGCGGCCGACAUCGGCACGUUAUCCCGCCUGCCGCACGCCGUCGGGAACGCAUCCUGGGUCAAAGACGUGUGUCUGACGGCGCGCGUCUUUGAUUCCGAGGAAGCGCUACGGGUGGGUUUCGUUAGCGAGGUGUUUAAUGAUAAGAAUGCUGCGGUGGCUGCGGGGUUAGAGAAGGCGAGGUUGAUUGCGAGUAAGAGUCCCGUGGCGAUCGUGGGGACCAAGGAGUUGUUGAAUUAUUCGCGCGAUAGACCCGUGCAGGAUGGGUUGAGUUAUACGGCUGUUUGGAAUGCGGCUAUGGUGCAGACGAAGGAUGUCAAGGAUGCUAUGUUGAGUGGAUUGCAGAGGAGGAAGCCGACGUUUGAGAAGUUGUAGGUUGGGGAGGUAUGUGCGGAAUCUAUCUUUCAGUGUCCCUAGAGCAGGCGCGUUAGCGCGUUAGUCUACCAUACCAAAAGGGGUUUCCAGGAGGGGUGGAGAUUCAAGAACUAAGAUGGCAGUUAGAGAGCGAAUGUACCAAUCUUGGAACCCCA